GCGUUGCAUAGCGUUGCCGGUGGGACGGGGAGUGGCCUGGGCUCCUUUGCACUGAAAUCUGUUCGGGAUGCCUUUCCCUCCGCUGGCCUCGCAUCCAUCUCGGUGUGGCCGUUUGAGACUGGCGAGGUCAGCGUUCAGUGCUACAACGCAUCUCUGACUCUCGCUGCAAUCUACGAACAUGCUGACUUGGCGGUGGUUUGUGAGAACGAACGUUACCUGGACUUGUGCCGUCUCUCGCUUGGACAGGCGCAACCUUCUCUCAGCUCGCUGAAUGUGGCGAUAGCUGAGAGUUUAGUCCGGGUCUGCAUGCCUUGCAAGUCUGUGAGGGCUCAACACGGGCCCGGCUGUCCGCUGCUGCAGCUUGCAGGGCAGCUCUGCGCACAUCCGCUGUACAGAUUAACGACUGUGCGCAGCCUACCACAGACUCGUCGAGGAGCAGAGGCCUUUACCUCGGACUCCUGGUUGGCACUCCAAAGGCGAUUGCUCCAUUUGUCCGAAACCGGCGCCCUUGUGGAUAGGCCGUCGCAAGCUACACAGAGCCCCAAGGAGGGUUUGGCGCGCUGCCGUACCCUUUCAGCCUCCGUUUUCUUCUGGGGCCACGCAGCCACCGAAGCGUCCCUGGACCCCUUGCGGAAGUUGCCAAUCUGGCAGCAGUCGCUGGACCCUUUGCAGGUGCAUGCAGAUCCUCAUCAGGUUGGUCGACUGGAGCGGAGCUUGGGUUCAAUCAGCAACUGCCAAGCCGUUGUGCCAGCCCUCUCCUCCACGGCCAGAAGGGCGGCCGGGAUGCUCCGGGCCUCGGCAUACCUCCACCAGUACGAGCGAUACGGAUUGAGCCGGGAGGACAUGAGCGAGGCAAUUCUCCAUAUGCUUCAAGUGACCAGCGACUACGAGGAAGUCGAUUAG